AAAGCAUUAAGAAAGUGAUCGGUGCAUUUGUGUAGAAGGUUGUUAAUUCGAAGUCGUCGAGACUCAAACAUCCACCAGUGUUUUCUUUUUUCUUUUUUUCUUAAAUGAUGAAUUACAACGUUGGAAGUAACUAACGUCGUUCUCUCAUAUCAUCUCAUGGCAUUCAAACUCACUCACUCCGUCACCACCAAACUCCGUUACUUUUCUUCUUCUUCUUCUUCAGCUGCAGAUGCACUUGUCUCCAUUUUCACCACCAAAGGUACCUCCGCACCAGAACUCAAAACCAUCGCACCUGAACUCACCCCAAACCUCGUCGAAUCCGUCCUCACGCGCCUCCACAGUUGGCGCGUCGCUCAAACCUUCUUCCAUUGGGCUUCCAACCAACAAACUCAUUACCACCACACUUCCUUCACCUUCAAUGCCAUCGCUUCAAUCUUCUCUCGUUCCCGCCAAACCCAACCUCUCAUUGACCUCGCCAAACAGCUUCCCAAUUCCUCCGUUUCAUUCACCCCUGGUUCCUUCUCUUUCUUCCUUCGUUGCCUCGGUAAUCUUCGCUUGGUUCGUGAAGCCAACCACCUGUUCGAUGAAAUGUCUCAAAGGGGUCUUUGUGUCCCCGAUCGUCAUUGCUACAACACUUUGUUGGAUGUCAUUUCCAAAACUGGUUCCCUUCAUUUUAUGGAGAUUAGGUUGAAUGAAAUGAAGGGUUUUGGUUGGGAGUUUGAUAAGUAUACUUUGACACCGGUUAUUGUUACUUAUUGUAAUGCUCGUAGGUUUGGUCAGGCUUUGAGUGUGUAUAAGGAAAUGGAGGAGAAAGGUUUGGUUGAUGAACGUGUUUGUUCUAUGAUGGCUUUGUAUUUUUCUAAAUGGGGUGAGGUUGAUAAGGCUUUUGAGUUGGUGGAGAGGAUGGGUGAACAUGGAAUGAGACUCAGUGAGAAGACUUUUUGUGUUUUGAUUCAUGGGUUUGUCAAGGAGUCGAGGGUUGAUAAGGCGCUUCACCUGUUUGAUAAAAUGCGUAAGGAGGAGGGUUGUUUUACGCCUGAUAUUUCCUUGUAUGAUGUCCUCAUUGGAGGACUAUGUAAGAAGAAGGAUAUUGACAGGGCUUUGAGCUUGCUUUCUGAGAUGAAGGAAUUUGGUGUUAGGCCGGACAUUGGAAUUUUUACUAAAUUGAUAUCGUCUUUUUCGGAUAAUACAAGUAUGCUUUCCAAGUUACUAGAAGAAAUUCCAGAAGGGGAAGAAGAGGAACAAACUCUCGUUUUGAUUUACAAUGCACUUUUGACUUGUUAUGUGAACAAUGGGUUGAUGGAUGAAGCUUAUCGCCUUAUUCAAAUGAUGAUUCAAAGAAAAUCUAGUACUGAUGACGAUACCCGGAUGAAUAGUUUCUUCAAGGCCAUCAAAAGAUUGGUUUUCCCAAAUAUCACUUCCUUUAGCAUUGUUAUUGACGGAUUACUAAAAAAGGAUCGGUUGGACCUCGCAUUGACCCUUUUUAACGAUAUGCGACAAUUUGUUGGUAAGCCAACUGUUUUGAUUUACAACAAUCUGAUUGAUAGUCUCUGCAAAUCCAAUAGAUUGGAGGAGAGCUAUGAGCUCCUGAGAGAGAUGAAAGAAUUAGGAAUUGAACCUACUCAUUUCACUUACAACUCCAUUUAUGGAUGCCUGUGUAAAAGAAAGGAUGUCUCAGGAGCCCGCGAUAUUUUAAAGGAGAUGGGUGCAUGUGGGCAUGGACCAUGGAUAAAACAUUCCACCCUUCUUGUGAAAGAGCUAUGUGAUCAUGGGAGGGUGAUAGAAGCCUGUGAGUUUCUCGAUAACAUGGUUCAGCAAGGCUUCCUUCCUGAUAUAGUUUCGUAUUCUGCAGCAAUUGGUGGCUUGAUCAAUAUUCAAGAAGUGGAUCAUGCAGUGAAAAUAUUCAGGGAUUUGUGUUCUCGCGGCCACUGUCCAGAUGUGGUUUGUUUUAAUGUGUUGAUAAGAGGGCUAUGCAAAGCCAACAGAUUGACAGAAGCUGAAAGUCUAUUAAAUGAGCUUGUUGAGAGGGGUCUCUCUCCCUCAGUUGUUACCUACAAUUUGUUUAUCGAUAGUUGGUGCAAAAAUGGUUCUGUCGAUAAGGCUAUGGCGCUUCUUUUCAAAAUGUCUGAAGAAGACAAAGAGCCUAGUAUCAUUACAUACACAACUUUGGUGGAUGGAUUAUGCAAAGCAGAAAGGCCCGAAGAUGCUCUAUUGCUCUGGAAAGAAAUGGAAAGAAAAGGUUGUCAUCCAAAUCGAAUCGCUUUCAUGGCGCUUAUUUACGGUCUUUGCAGAUGCUGUAGGCCAACUGAAGCCCUUUGUUAUUUACGCGAGAUGGAACAGAAAGAAAUGAAACCCGACGCCUUCAUUUACAUUGCAUUGCUAAGUGCUUAUCUGUCUGAUAUGAAUUUGACAUCUGCAUUUGAGAUAUUCAGAGAGAUGGUUGAUUUAGGAUAUUUUCCAAAACCCCUUGAUAAAAACUACCCCAUUGCAGUAGAUGCAACACUCAAGUUUUGUAAGGAUCACAGAACAUCCUCAAGCAUCCAAGUUUUAAUGGAAGAGGGAAAAAUUCCAACACAUUGUGAACUGUUGGAAGUUAAAGGUUAAUCAAAUCAAAGGGAGUCAACUAUUUUUUUAGAUUGCUAGAGUAAAUGUUACAUAUCAAAUUGAUGGGUCUGGCACAUAAAGAAAUGUACAGAAAAAUGCAUCUGUUAAAUAUGUGCUUGUGCGCCGGUCACGACAUUUAAAUUUCGGUCGUGACAAGAAGAAAUAUAUCCAGUCAAAAUAAUGGUUAAAUAUGUUGCCAGACUAUUAGCUUAAGUGAUGUGCUCAACAACAGGAAGUGGACUGGCCGUAGGUGGAAUGGCACAUAGCAGGACUGGGGGAGCAUAUGUGGCUAGCAACACGUUGGAAAAUUUUGGUUAUGAAUAAUAUCGAGGAUAGAAUCAAGGGCAAUGUGUAAGGGUGACUUAAUAUGCUUCAUGUUUGACAUAAUACUUAAGUUGGCCAAUUUGUUUGGGGCUGCACGGUUUUGGUGCAAGUACUGGAGCGGAAUUUAAAAUCACUUGAUGCAGAAUUAUGCACAAAAUGGAGUUCUUGUUUUGGUGUAUUUUUUUGGUUGCAAUUACUUUCUUAAAAUAAAUAGAUAUCUCAAUUAUAUCAC